GAAGCGGCAAUAGGGGGAGUUCGAAUCUCAACACAUUCUCUCUCUCUCGGUGUCUCCUUUCCUCCAUCGAAUUUUAAACCAUUUUUGUGCAAUACACUGGAGAGAGAGAGUGUGUGUGGUUUCUUCUUCGACGGCCAUGGCGUAAAGUAAUUGGCGGAGCCUUAAGCUUGGGUUAAUCACCAGAUAUUGAAGAUUGAAUCUGCCGUCUCUUUGUUGUUCGGGAAUCAAGGCUGUAGCCAAUUCGGAGAUGCAGUUGAGAUCCAGCCAUGGACAGGGAGGCUGACCUUCCGGUCCCACCGGAUAAACCUCCGAAGAGUAUGGUCCGCUCCAUCUUAAACCAGGAAUCGUCGUCUUCUUCAUCCUCCCCUGAACUUUUACGCCAUCUACAAGCCGCUUUCAAGCGCCACCGCCCACUCAAUAAAAUGCAGACGACCACCAUAGGCCCUCGGCGAAGUGUUGCUCCGCAGCGACAACCUUCAAGAAGCCAGAGACCUCAAGAUGUUGUUUCCCUGAGUCAGAGUCUUGCUGCCAACACUUUGACACAUGAUACAAGAAGCUCAGCCACUCCUGCUGCUGGUGAAUCUUUCGAGAAUGCUGCGUCCACUACGCCACCGUCGGUUUCAGGAACUAUUGGUAACAUGUUUGGCGAGGAUUUCAAACCACCAGAGAGACAGAUGAAUUUGCCAAAACCUGAUUUUGCUGGUUUAGAGAGCAAUCUGGAUUCAGGGCAUCCGAACGAAAAUGCACACAAGAAGGUCCAGUCUCUCACUGGCAGCACGCUCUCAUCUCAUGCUAAGAAUCUAAUAAAAUCUCACUUUGUUCUGGAAGAUAUGGAGUGGGAUGCAACCAAUCAGGCUGAAGCAUCAAACCCUGGUGCUCGUACUGAAUCAAGGCAUCAGAAUCUCCAAUCUGUUGAUUCUGAGAUCAGUUUGAAAUCUGAAUACAAGGUUUCAUCUUCACUGGCAAAGAUGCAGGGCCAGCUAGGAGAAUUCCGCAACUUCUUGAAUCAACCUUCAUCUCAGUGUUCUGCCAUGGGGUCAUCAUGUGCCACGACUACGCUAAUCCAUUCGUCUUCAGCUCCUAUGUUAAAUGCGACUACCCAAGUCUCUCGUUCUUAUGUAGAGGCUGAUACGAAUGCAAAUCCCCAUGCUGUUCAAACUCAAGGGAACUUGCGUUCUCUUCAUCCUUCUUCCAAGGACAGGAACAUUCUGAAUGCCAAUAAGGAUGCAGCUUUAUCUGAGAUGCCAGCCUCAACGAUUGAUCCAGAAGUAAGAACAAAAGAGACAGAUAUGUCUAAGCUUCAACAGUGCUCUACAGAACUUGAAGUUCCAGUGGUAUCUUCCAGUCAUGGGAGUGACGGAAUAGCUAAGGCUCCUCAACCCGAUGAGUUGCUUACUAGUGUUAGCUCGCAGCCACAAAAAUCAGAUAAGCAUGAAAAGGUUGCAAGCAGCAAAGGGACAUCAGCGCCUCGUAAAAGAAAUUAUGAUCCAGACUUGUUCUUUAAAGUCAAUGGGAAGCUCUAUCAGAGGCUUGGCAAGAUAGGAAGUGGAGGAAGCAGUGAGGUCCACAAGGUUAUUUCUUCAGAUUGUACCAUAUAUGCUCUUAAAAAAAUCAAGCUUAAGGGUCGUGACUAUGCUACAGCAUAUGGGUUUUGCCAAGAAAUUGGAUAUCUGAAGAAGCUGAAAGGGAAAAACAACAUCAUUCAGCUUGUAGACUAUGAGGUCACGGAUAAGACUUUACUCCAGGAGGUUUUGAAUGGCACAAUGAUUAACAAAGAUGGAAGAGUCAAAGACGAUGGAUUCAUAUAUAUGGUACUAGAAUAUGGAGAAAUUGAUUUGGCUCACAUGCUGUCCCAAAAAUGGAAGGAAAUCGAAGGAUCUGACAGGACAAUUGAUGAAAACUGGCUUCGGUUCUACUGGCAGCAAAUACUCCAAGCUGUGAACACCAUACACGAGGAACGCAUCGUGCACUCUGAUUUGAAACCCGCAAAUUUCCUUCUCGUCAGAGGCUUUUUAAAGCUUAUUGAUUUUGGUAUCGCCAAGGCCAUCAAUAGCGACACUACGAAUAUUCAACGAGACUCACAGGUGGGGACUUUGAGUUACAUGUCACCAGAGGCAUUCAUGUGCAACGAGAGCGAUGAAAAUGGAAACACUAUAAAAUGUGGGAGGCCGUCAGAUAUUUGGUCACUUGGCUGCAUACUGUAUCAGAUGGUGUAUGGAAGAACACCUUUUGCAGAUUACAAGACCUUCUGGGCAAAGUUCAAAGUCAUAACCGAUCCAAACCACGAGAUCACUUACAAUCAGCUCUCAAACCCGUGGCUUGUCGACCUAAUGAAGAAAUGUCUAGCUUGGGACCGUAACCAGAGAUGGAGAAUCCCUGAGCUUCUCCAACACCCUUUCCUUGCCCCACCCAUCCCACCGGAGCCUCAAGUCAAAAGCAUUAAACUGCUCAGCAACAUUGCUGAAACUUCUGGUAGUGAUGACAGUAAAGCCAUUACUCAGCUUGAACAACUGCUUAUAGACCCUGUUCCUCUUCCAAGAAACGAUCUGCUAGAACUUUGUGUUCAACUCCAGGAACGAUUACGGCGGCUUGAAGUAGAAAACAAGUUAAGGGGUUAGUUAUCUGAUUCGGAGGUUUUUUGGAUUCUGUAAAUUGGUAUGUUCAUUAUUAGCUUUGUAAUGGAGAUGUUUGCUUAUAUAAUACCCUGUUUGAUUUCUUGUGUAAUGGAAUGUAUCAUUUUGGGUGCUUGUCUUUGAUGAAAACCUUACAGUUUUAUCAAAUCCACACAUGACGUCGGUUUAUCA